AUGCGCAUUUACCGCCUGGGCACCCCCGUCUUCGCGGCCGAGGGCCCGCUGCAGCGCGCGGUGGGUGGCGCCCCGGGGGGGGCAGUCGAACUGCGCCGCGGCCUCCUGCACGGUGCGCUUGAGCAAUAUGUCAGUUGUCUAGAACUGGUAAACAAGAGGCUGCCUUAUGGACUUGCUCAGGUUGGAGUUUGCUUUCAUCGUGAACCAGAUUCUGAGAAUCCAGAUGAGAGCAUCACGAGAACAGGCGAAAGGACAAUGUCUUCCCUUGUGUGGUUUAGCUCCGCCAGAACUAUAGGACAGUGGCUUGAUUAUUGGUUACGCCAGAGGCUCCAGUGGUGGAGAAAGUUUGCAAUAGGUCCAUCUAACUUCACCAGCAGCGACUUUCAGGAUGAAGAGGGAAGAAGAGGAGUUAACUUGUACUACAGCUUUCCUUGGGGAAAGGAAUUGAUAGAAAGGUUGCAGAAUCUGGGAGAUAAAGAAUUGCUACAAAUGUAUCCGGGGGAUAGCUCAAAAUUACGGGCCCGAGAUGGAAGGAAGAAUGUUGUUCCUCACGUGCUCUCUGUGACUGGCAAUCUGGACCAAGGAGUGUUGGCAUAUCUCUGUGACUCCUUGCAGUUGGCUGAGAGUUCUUUAGGCAAGAAAACUUCACAAAGACAGGUGCUUAAGCUUCACCCUUGCUUAACGCCAAUCAAAGUGGCCGUGGACAUGGGAAGAGGCCCAGCAAUGGAUCUGAGACAGGUUUGUCAGGGACUAUUCACCGAAUUGAUAGAAAAUGGAAUUUCUGUGUGGCCUGGAUAUCUUGACACCUUGCAGACAUCUCAGGAACAACUUUACACAAAGUAUGAUGAGAUGAGCAUCCUCUUCACAAUCUUGAUCACUGAUGCUACUCUGGAAAAUGGAAUAGUCCAGCUGAGAAGCAGAGACACCACCAUGAAAGAAAUGAUGCACAUUUCUAAACUGAAGGACUUUUUAACCAACUACAUUACAGCAGCUAAAAAUGUAUAAAUUAGAAUCUCUCUAAUAAAAGGGUUUGGGUUCUUCCCCACA